UUCACUUGCGAAAGAGGCACUUAACUCAACAGAGGUUGGAAGGUCAAGUGAGGUGUAUGCGGGCGGUGGGCAUCUCUCCUCAACGGCGAGAAGAGCAGCAAAAGCCGCGAGCCGAUUCAAUUUCCAUGUGCUCAUCUUCCAUUUUAUUCUAAUCUAAAUUCCCUUCCAAUCUCAUCCUUCUUCUUCUCAUAUCUUCAAACGCCAUUUCCCCCUCAAUCUGAAGCUCCAGAUCUUGCAUCCAUGGCUCCUCGUAAACCCCGCGAGCCACAAGUUCUCGAUUCCUUCUAUCCUGUUCUCGCCUUAGUCUUCAUUCUAGUUGCCUGUGUCGAGCUCUGUGACGCUGCCACCGUCGUCGAUGUCUACCGUCUAAUUCAGUAUGAUAUCUCUGGUGUCCCCUUCGGAUCCCGCGCCGCCACACUCAAUCACCAUGCUUCCUCUCUUCAUUUUCCUUCUGGUGCUGAUCUCUCUCGUACUGUUCUUAUCAUUCCGCUUUGUGAGCUCAAAAUGACUUUUCUCCAAGAAUGUAUAUCUCAGAAAAAGCGUCUGGGAGGUCUGUUGGUUUUACUUCCCAGGAUUCUUGGUUCGGAAAGCCUGAAAAAUGAUGACAUUAAAUGUACAAAUGGAGAGGGGGUGAUCAAGGAUUUAUUGGUUGAACUUGAACGGUUGCUCAUACAUUCUACUAUACCUUAUCCUGUGUAUUUUGCUUCAGACGGUGAAGAUAUUGAUGCUGUUUUGGCUGAUGUCAAGAACAAUGAUGCCACUGGUCAGCUUGCGACUGCAACUACUGGCGGGUAUAAGCUUGUUGUUUCGGCAGCAGAACCAAAGAAACUUAUAUCUUCCACGAUUACAAAUAUUCAGGGUUGGCUUCCUGGACUAAAAUCUGAUGGGGAUGCUAGUCAACUCCCAACAAUUGCUAUUGUAGCAUCAUAUGAUACAUUUGGCGCUGCUCCUGAAUUAUCUGUGGGAAGUGAUAGCAACGGAAGUGGAAUUGUUGCACUUCUCGAAAUUGCAAGAUUAUUUUCUCUUCUUUAUUCCAACCCUAAGACAAGAGGAAGGUACAAUCUACUUUUUGGGCUCACUUCUGGCGGGCCUUACAACUACAAUGGGACUCACAAGUGGCUUCAAAGCUUUGAUCACCGUCUCCGUGAGAGGAUUGACUAUGCUAUUUGCUUAAAUAGUAUUGGUUCAUGGGAUGACAAAUUAUGGCUGCAUGUCUCCAAGCCUCCAGAAAAUGCCUACAUUAAGCAAAUCUUUGAAGAUUUCUCAAAUGUUGCGGAGGAUUUGGGCUUUAAAGUUGAUUUGAAGCACAAGAAGAUUAAUAUUUCAAACCCUCGAGUAGCCUGGGAGCACGAACAGUUUUCAAGAUUGAGAGUAACUGCUGCUACCCUUUCUGAACUCUCUGCUGCUCCUGAGCUCUUGGAAAGGACUGGAGGUUUGGGUGACAACAGAUUGUUUUUGGACGAGAGUAAGAUUGCCAAGAGUAUCAAGUUAGUUGCCGAGAGUCUUGCAAGGCAUAUUUACAGAUACGAAGGAAAGAACAUACAGGUAUUUGCAGAUGAUAGUAGUUUGGCAGUCAAUCCAACUUAUAUUCGGUCAUGGGUGGAUCUUUUAUCACGAACGCCUCGAGUUGCUCCAUUCCUGUCGAAAGACGACCCUUUCAUAUCGGCAUUAAAAAAGGAACUGGAGGUCCAUACCCAUGAUGUGAGCUUGCAACACGAAGUAUUUGAGGGGAUAUUCACCUUUUAUGGUUCAACUGCAGCUAAACUUCACGUAUACCAGGUCGCUAGUGUGACAUUUGACUUGCUUUUGCUUUUGGUCUUGGGAUCUUAUUUAGUUUUACUCUUCUGUUUCCUCGUGAUCACAACCAGGGGUCUCGAUGAUCUGAUCGGUUUAUUUAGACGCCCUCCUUCCCGAAAAGUAAAAACAGCUUGAUGAGUUGAGUAGAUUUUGAUGCUUGGAUUUGCAUCAUUGACACCCGAAUUUUUGCAAUCUAGAUUAGACAGGCCUAACGAUGGGGUCCAAGGUGUCAAACCAAUCAUCAUUAGAGCUGGAGGAACUGAAGGGGAUUUUGAUGCUUGAAUUCCUCGCAGAAUUCUCUGUUUCUUUCUUUGACAUCCUUUAGUUGUUAUAUCAUCUGUGACAUAAUAACAGUUAUUGAGAACUCUCGAGGUGCGAUAUUUUUUUCUUUGCUCUCCAUAUUUAAAUUCCUACUGUUUAACCCUCCAUUUGUGGCUUCCACUUUUGACUAUGAUUUUUUACCCCUUGGAAUUUGUUGGGUCUAUUAUUUCUUUGCUCAGUUGAUAUUAGUGAGUGGCAGGCAAUAUAUUCAGUUCAGCAGUUAAGAAAA